UGGAAUCAAAAUGGACAGGGGUGGUAGUUGUAAUAAUGAUAAGCGUGUUAAUUUUAGAAGAAGCAAAGUGGAGUAAUGGAUGUCGGGAUGAAGAACGUACGGCACUCUUGCAACUUAAAUCUUUCUUCAAAUUCAAUAUGAGGGAAGUGGGUUCAGAUUGUUGUGAAUGGAAAUGGGGAUGGGUUGAGUGCAACGCCACUACUAGACGAGUCACUGGACUCUCUCUAUGCGUUGCAAAGUAUGAGUCUUACCUCUUUAAUGCCUCUAUCUUUCUUCCCUUUGGAGAUUUGAGGAUUCUUGAUCUCAGUAAUAUUGGACUUGUUGGUUCCGUAAGAAAUGAAGGUUUUGAAAAGCUAUCCAAGUUAAGGCAUCUGCAGGUUCUUAACUUAACUGGGAAUCACUUGAAUGAUAGCAUUUUAUCAUCUUUGAGCAAAGUUUCAAGUCUCAAGUCUCUAAGUUUAGCAGGAAAUGAUCUUUUUACAGGAUCAAACCGGACUAAUGAAAUUAAGCUGCUUUCAAGGCUGAAUAGUUUGGAAAAACUUGAUCUUAGUAGAACCAAUAUGACCAACAAUUUCUUGUCAUAUUUGGGUGGCUUUUCAUCUUUAAGAACUUUAUGUCUUCAGGGAAAUAACUUACAAGGAACACUUCAUCUUCAAGACUUUUAUAAUCUGAAGAAGUUGGAUUUAAGUCAAAAUCGAAUUGAGAGCCUACAAUCUUCCUAUGGAAGUGGAAGACAUCUGAAGCUGAUCAGUUUAGAAGAAAUUGAUUUGAGUUCUAAUCUCUUCAAUAAUAAUAUAUUUGCAGAACUCAGUGGAUUCUUAAAUUUGAAGUCUUUGAAUAUAAGGUGGAAUCAACUAAAUGGAUCAAUAGAUGUUAAAGAGUUUUGUGGUUGGAGCAAUUUAGAGAGUUUAGACCUGAGCGAAAAUGAGGUGAACCAAUUUAUGACUUAUGAAGAAACUAGAUGUUUGCAGAAGUUAAAGGUUCUUUAUUUAGAUGCUGUUUCCACCGACGGAAAUACUUCCCUUGUAUCACUCCUUGAGGCGUUUCCAUUUGUUAAGACCCUGUUUUUAAGAGAUAAUUGUUUCUUAAACAAAACAAUGGUUAAUACACAGUUGCAUGUGUUGAGAAAUGUGGAGAACUUGAUCAUGGAUUAUACUCCUCUGCACAUCAACUUCUUGGAAAGCAUUGGCAUCUUGACUUCCCUCAAAGCCUUGUCUUUGUUUAACUGCGGUCUGACCGGUACCUUACCUGCUCAUGGAGGUUUAUGUUUUCUAAACCAUCUUGAAGAAUUGAAUCUCAAAGGAAAUGAUCUGGCUGGUGCAAUCGCUUCAUGUUUGGUUAAUUUAACAUUUCUUCGCUAUUUGGAUAUCUCUAACAAUCACUUCACUGGAAAUAUUGCCUCCACGCCCCUCACUAACCUCACAAUGCUUCAAUUCCUCUCCUUCUCAAAAAACCAAUUUCAAGUUCCAGUGUCAUUCAGGUCCUUUGCAAAUCACUCUAACCUUAAAGCCCUUUUAGCCAAUGAAAACGAGUUGGUAGCGGAACCAGCUGGUUUCCAAACAUGGUUGCCAAAAUUUCAACUAAAGAUCUUCAGCUUGUUAAAUUGUACGAUAGAAGAACAUGGGAAACUACAACUUCCUAAUUUCCUCUAUUUCCAACAUGAUUUGAGAUACGUUGAUCUUUCAUAUUGCAAUUUUGGCGAGAUAAGGUUCCCACAUUGGUUGCUACAGAAUAAUACAAGGCUACAAGAACUUUACAUGAUAGAUAGUUCAAUUGCGGGGCCUCUAACCUUAUCACCACAUCCUAAUUUGAAGCUCUCAGUACUUGAUAUAUCCAAUAAUAGGAUACAACAUGAAAUUCCAAGGAAUUUUUGCUCACUUUUUCCAUAUGUAGAGUUCUUAAUCAUGUCGAAAAAUGCCUUUAAGACUACUAUUCCUCUUUGUUUCAGUAGAAUGCAGAGGUUAGAAAGAUUAGACCUGUCCCACAAUAAUUUGUUUGGAGGAAUACCUGAAGAGUUGGCCACGAGUACCUCAUUACUUCGGAUUAGACUUUCAAAUAAUAGCUUGAGCGGCAAAAUAAUUCCUGCAAUUUAUCAUUUAAUCGGUUCGUUGGAAGCAUUAUAUUUGGACGGGAACAAGUUUGAGGGAGAUAUUUCUGAUGUUUCAACUAUUAGCUCUAAAAGUCUCCAAGUGUUAGAUUUAAGUAAUAAUCGUUUCUCUGGCAAGCUUCCAAGAUGGUUAUGGAAUCAUACAGAUUUGUGGGUACUGGAUUUGUCCAAAAACCGUUUCGAAGGUCUCAUUCCUAUGGAAUUAUGCAAUUUGGUGAGUCUUGAAUUCCUAGAUCUUUCUCUAAAUCAUCUGUCUGGUACUAUUCCAUCUUGCUCUAAUCUACAAAUGAUGAAGCAUGUACAUUUGGCCAACAAUAGGCUUAGUGGAACACUAUCAAAGGCCCUUUGUAAAAGCUCUUCAUUGGUAACGCUGGAUUUCAGUGAAAACAAUUUAACUGGAAGAAUUCCAGGUUGGAUUAGCACGCUACCAGCUUUGAGCGUUCUUCUUCUAAAAGCAAACCAGUUCCAUGGUGAAUUUCCUCUACACUUAUGUAGAUUGCAGUCAUUAAGCAUCUUGGACCUUUCGCAAAAUAAACUUUCCGGUCAUGUACCUUCUUGCCUGAGUAAUUUAACUUUUAAGCCAAAGAGUGAAAAGUCUCACAUCAAUUCUGCCAAUUAUGGGUUUGGUUCUUUUGACCACGUAUUGGUAGACAUGGGACUAACCAUAUAUAAUCUCACAAAAGACUAUAUGGGAAGUGUAUUUCCAUUACGCAAAUAUGAUCAUUUCACCUUUGCUGAAGAAAAGAUAGAGUUUUCAACAAAGGGUGCAACAUACACUUACAAGGGAAAUAUUCUUGAUCUGUUGUCUGCAAUUGAUCUCUCUUGCAACCAACUCACAGGGAUAAUCCCACCAGGAUUGGGAAAUUUGAGUGAAAUCCGAGGUCUAAACUUGUCGCACAACAACUUAACUGGACCUAUCCCCUCAACUUUCUCAAAACUAAAGCAGAUUGAGAGUUUGGACCUUUCCUUCAAUCAUUUAAAUGGAAGAAUCCCCCCUCAACUAACGGAGAUGGAUGCUUUGGAGGUAUUCAAUGUCACACAUAACAACUUGUCAGGGCCUCUCCCUGAUAGAAAAGCUCAAUUUGGGACCUUUGAUGAGAGCAGUUAUGAGGGAAAUCCUCUUCUCUGUGGGCUUCCAUUGAACAAGAGUUGUAAUCAUGAUGAUUCACGAGGAACUUCAAGUGCUUUAGCUAGCGAAGAAGAACAUGGUCUUUUAGGCAUGGGUGAUUUCUAUAUCAGCUUUGCAGUUUCCUAUGCAAUUAUGUUUUUAACAACUAUCAUUGUGCUCUACAUAAACUCAUAUUGGAGACAAGCAUGCUAUUAUUUCAUUAAAGACGGUAGCAUCACUUGCUAUUUUUUCGUUGUGGAUAGUCUUUAUAGGUUGCCCUGCUUCAGAAGAAACAUCUAACCCUGUGCUUGUUCACUUGUUCUGGACUCCAAGUUCAAGGUCAAUAGAUCUUUGUCCUUUUUUCGUUGGUAGGAUAUUUGUCUUUUUUAUGUUUAGAUAAUUUGGUUCAGACAUUGUGGUAGCUAGAAAUGUGCCAUGUUGUCUACGCAAUAUCUAAUUAUAUCUAAUUUUAGUUA